AUGGAUACUCAAGCGCUGGCUCAACUCUUCAUGGUCGCGUGGGGCAUUUGGUCUAACAGGAAUGAAAUUCGAACGGGAGGUUCACAGAAGUCAGCGUCAUUGAUUGUGAAGUGGACGUUGGACUAUCUGGAAGAGUUUCAAGUUGCCAAUCAUAAGGUUCAGAUCACGUCUGCAGAAUCUGAAUGUGGUUGGUCACUUCCCCAUGCGCCGGGUUUUAAAGUAAACAUGGAUGCUGCUAUUUUUGAGAAUCUGCGUUCAGUCGGAAUUGGAGUAGUGAUACGGGAUCACCUGGGGUCUGUCCGAGCAGCUAUGAGCAAGAAGCUCCGUGCAAUGUUGGGGCCGUUGGAAAUUGAAGCUAAGGCGAUGGAGGAAGGCUUGAGGUUCGCGUGGGACAGGGGCUUCAGAGCAGCUACGUUUGAAGGGGACUCUUUAUUGGUGCAUCAAGCGUUGACUGGCUCUGCCAUCCCACCUGCUAGCAUCUCCAACAUUAUUUCUAGUGUGCUGAGUCAGGCAUCAUAG